AUGUCAGCGAAUUUAAGACUAUCCUGGGCUUGCGACUUUGAUCGUUUGAAGGAGUUUCUAAAGAGUGACCUAGAGUUGCAAGGAAGCUGGUCAUCCCCGGCGGACGAGAAGAAACUUUUCGUGUCAAACAACGUUGAGUUGCUUUGGUGCAAAAACAAAAAUUUCCUAAAGAUCAAUGGAGAGGAUGCAAAUCGCACAAAACGUUGUAUGAUCAACGCUAUGUUUACGAGUUUAAACCUCGAUAGUGUCAAGUCUAGUAUGGACAUGGCUACUAACACCGAUAACUGCUUCAACGAAAACCAACCAACAAAACAUCAGUGUACUGGUUGUGAAUGUUCGAAGCUAUCACCAGGCUUGGAGGGUUUGAAAUUAGACUUGGUUGUUUUGGAAUCGAAACUCAGCCAUAAAAUCCAAGCCAUGGACAACCAUAUAUUACGCAUGAACGAUUGCCGACUAAAAGAGCCGAAAAUCAUGCAAAUAUCGAAAAUAUGUUGA